AUGGCUCUGCUGCUGGAGCACCUGUUCAGACCACUGCCGGCUGACAGACAGGUGGAAACCAGACCUUUUCUAGAGGCUGCAUCCUACCUUCCACCAUUCUUUGACUGCCUUGGCCCGACUAUCUUUGCACCCAUCAAGUCUGAUAUUUUAGCAAAUAUUACAAAGAUCAAGGCAGUCUAUGACACCAACCCAGGACGCUUCAGGACCCUUCAACAGAUUUUGGAGGUUGAGAAGGAAAUGUAUGGAUCACAGUGGCCCAAAGUUGGAGCCACGCUGGCACUCAUGUGGCUGAAAAGGGGUCUACGCUUUAUCCAAGUGUUCCUUCAAAGCCUGCUUGAUGGUGAAAAGGAUGAAAAUAACCCAAACCUCAUUCGAGUCAAUGUGGCCAAAGCAUAUGAAUUGACAUUGAAGCGAUACCAUAGUUGGUGGGUUCAACAGCUUUUUAGGGCAGCUCUUUUCGCUGCCCCAUACAGGUCGGACUUCAUAAAGGCGCUGUCCAAAGGCAGGGAAGUCAAGGAAGAAGAGUGUCUGGAAAAACUAAAAAAAUUCAUGAUCAAUUUCUCUGCCACAGUCGAUGCUAUUUAUGAGCUGUACAAUAAAAUGAAUGCUGAUCUUGACUAUAGAGUCUGA